CCUCCUUGUAGGGUUUUAUAUAUUUCAUAACGCCUUCUCCCAAAUUAUUCAGGCUUUCUCUCUCUAGGGUUUACAGUUCUCUUCUCUGAGCGAAAAUGGAUCUAUCAAAGAAACGCAAAGCUGAUGAGAACGGCGGUGCUUAUCCUGUAAAAACUGAACUCGUCACAACUGCCGCCGCCCCACCGGCACUUGCUGUUCUUUCCCCGGAAGACAUUGACAAAAUUCUUGAAACGUUCACCAAGGACCAGUGCGUUUCAAUUCUCCGUAACGCCGCCCUGCGCUAUCCUGAUGUUCUCGAAGGUUUACGUGCUGUCGCUGACGCCGACGUAUCUAACCGCAAGCUUUUCGUUCGUGGUCUUGGGUGGGAGACCACCACUGACAAACUCAGACAGGUUUUUUCUGAGUUUGGAGAACUUGAUGAGGCUGUUGUUAUAACUGAUAAGGCGUCUUCCAGAUCUAAGGGGUAUGGUUUUGUAACUUUCAAGCAUGUUGAUGCUGCUAUUCUUUCUUUAAAGGUGCCCAACAAGAUAAUUGAUGGACGUGUUACCGUCACACAGCUUGCUGCUGCGGGUAAUUCUGGGAAUUCUCAGUCUUCUGAUGUUGCGCUUAGGAAGAUCUAUGUUGGUAAUGUCCCAUUUGAAAUUUCGUCUGAAAAGCUUUUGAAUCACUUUUCCAUGUAUGGAGAGAUUGAAGAGGGGCCUUUGGGAUUUGAUAAACAAACUGGAAAAGCGAAAGGAUUUGCUUUUUUUGUCUACAAGACUGAGGAUGGAGCUAGGGCAUCGUUAGUUGAUCCCGUGAAGACAGUAGAAGGACAUCAGGUCUUGUGUAAAUUGGCAACCGAUAAUAAGAAGGGGAAGCCGCAGAAUAUGGGGCACGGGGGUGCCCCUGGAAUGAAUGCUGGACCUGCAGGAAUGCCUGGUGAUGAUAGGGUUGGAUCCAUGCCUGGUUCCAAUUAUGGUGUUCCUGUAAGCGGUAUGGGUCCAUAUUCAGGGUUUUCAGGUGGGCCUGGUCCAGGAAUGCAGCAGCCACCACCUCAGCCUGGGAUGGUGGCACAUCAGAAUCCACAUCUGAAUUCAGCUAUUGGCGGGCCUGGAUAUGGAAACCAAGGACCGGGAUCCUUUACAGGUGGUGCUGGUGGAUAUGCUGGCGCCGGUGGAUAUGCUGGCGCUGGUGGGUAUGGUGGUAAUUCUGGGGAUUAUGGUGGGUACAGGAUGCCUCAAAGCUCUGCUGGAAUGCCCAGUUCAGGAGGUUUUCCAGAUGGUGGUAGUUAUGGUUUACAGUCGGCUUAUCCGACACAGGUACCACAACCAGGAGCUGGGUCAAGAGUUCCACCAGGUGGGAUGUACCAGGGCAUGCCUCCAUACUACUGAGAAGUGCACGGCAUGGGAGUGGAUCUACUUGCACUAAUCUAGUGCGUGGCUUAUGUCCAUCCCCUGUACUUUGAAAAUGAUUUGUAUUACAAAUUUAUGCCCUCAACAAGUUUUAUAUGCUGGAAUCUUGAAUGAUUGAAUCGUAUGUGGAUAUCUGUUCAGGUGUCUUGAGAGCUUCUUGGAUGCAACAUGCUUUUAAUGGUUGUGGUGAUUUCCUGAUUGCAGACUCUGAAAUCUUUGGUUACAUGGACUGCUGUACAUCUGUUGCCGCUUCACCUAUAUGUGUGGCUGUUAGUUGAUACUUGCUAGUAUUAAGUUAGUAUGUAGGUUCUUCAAAAAUUGCUGUAUCUUUUGAUGAGCGUAUUGACGAGUGAUGUCAGUUUUCUUAUUUUACCCGUACUCCCUGUUUCUUAUAUGUUCCCUAUCUGAUGAAUGUGACAUUUUAGAUGUUCUAUCAUAUCAUGUUCAGCCAUUAUUGGCUUGAACUUAUUGUAUGUGGAUUACAAGGCAUCUUUAUGAUAAUGUCAGAUACUGCUGAUCUGAAACAAAUUAUUUGAUGCGAACAAUUUUUUUUUAUAUUGUUUUAAUUAGAAUUAUGUUUUGAACUAAAUAAAAGCAGUACUAGUGCUUUAAUAAAUAAAUAUCUGGAGUAUUGAUGGGAAGAUGGGAAAAACACAAAUGUGUGGUAGUAGGAUCCAAAUUUACACUGUUUGUUUGCAUUUCUAGCUGUCUCACCUGCUGGUAAAAAAAGGGCCUUUAUUUUUUCUGUUGGUCACUGAUUUGAACCAAAUUAUGACAUAAUCGUAUUAUGUGUAUUAAUUUAACAAUUUUUUGUAUAUAUGGUUUGCGAAGGCAGGAAACUGGCAAAUGCUAUGUCUUGGCAAGAACCAAAAUCUAAUACUGUCUGCCAUUUUGCUUGCUUUUUUUUAACCUUUCAUCCGGUGUUGUUUCUAUCGCAUCUCAAAAGCAGAAAAGAAAAUGAAAACCUAGCUAGCUGUUCCUUUAACAUCCAUCAUUUUAGAAUUAUUGGAACAUAUUCCCUACAAGGCAUACAUCUCCUGGUUUCUUUGUUUUCUUUUGUUGACGGACUUUGGGAGGGAGAUGGGUAUGAGACCAGUUGGUCAACAAACACAUGAUGCAAGUGGGUGUGGGGUGGGCAGGGAUGGUUUGUUUCAGCUGAAUCAUGUUCGCCGAACCAUCUGUUUUCAGGAUGCGUAGAUUUGUAAGUUGUACCUAAUAUGAUGUUUAUUUAUAGUUUUGUUCAUGCUCCAACGGAUUGCUAUUUAGCAUAUGAUCUGUUUGGCAUGUGCAUUUGUCGUUUUUUGUUCUCACCUUGUUUCUCAAGCGUAUUGAAGCUGUUUCAGCUUAUUGGUGAUUCCUGUUCAUAGAUUUGGCUGUAUUUUAUGUCUUCUAUUGCCUUAAAUUCGUGUAUGGACUAUAAAAAACUGAUUGCUUGUUGGAAAUAAAGAUUUAUAUCAAUCCCUGCUAUGUUUUGCCGUUUGUGAUCCUAUUCUGCUUGGCACAAGGCAUAAAAUUAGUUUGUUGUGACUUCAACAGACUAUUUAAACAAGUUCUUAGUUUCAUCUUUAUUGGUGAUCAAUAGUUGUUACUGGAAUUGUAUUAAGAUUUAACUAGCCGUCAAAAGGAGCACGUGAAGUAGACAAUAAAUCAAGGAUAUGGAACUCAAGUACUUUUACCAAUUUGGAUCUGAAUGUGUGAAAAGCUUGGGACUCUUUUUAAUUGAAGUGUAUAUUUCUGUAGCCACCUAAGUUAGUUGCUAUGACAAUCCUGUGGAAGUCCUAUGUUGCAUGUAUUUUACUGUAAUAGGAAGGCAUACCUCAUGUUUUUAUUUCUUAGCCUGAGCAUUCUACCCUGGUGUGGAAUUGUAUUCUCCAUAACAAAAUUCUUUUCCUUGUUUCCUGGUUGUGGUCUGUACUCUGUAUUGCUGAGGGCUGAUGAUGUGGUGCGGAGUGAAAGCUAUAUUGCUGAGCUUUGAUGGCAUGAACUGCGACUUUGGUGAAGAUUGAGCUCCCAGUUGUCUGGAAAUGCUCAAGGUUGGAGGGAGACGCCUUAAAUGAAGAGAUUUGUAAUAGUUGUAGAGCUAGAUAGAUUGUUGUACGCUUUCAUGCAGUAACAAGGAAAAAAACAUCAAAAUUGUGAAGUUCAGCUCAAUGCAUUUAGAUGUGAUGAUUGGUUAUCCCACUUCUAUGGCGUUAAAAAGAAAUUAACGUAAAUGGCACAAAACAGAUUGCUGGCAGCA